AUGGAAUUCUCCACCAAGUUUAUCAAGCUUGUCUUGAUGUCGAAGUUGAAAUUUGGGACCGGUGGUGGGGUAAUGCCGGGACGAUUCGCUGGAAUCAUCCUGGUUCGCAUCCUGGUCGCUCUUGAGAGUGGAAAGAGGUACAUUAUCAAUUUUAUAGAUGAUUUCAGCAGGAAAUGUUGGACAUUUCUGUUGACUGAGAAGUCAGAGGCUCUUCAAGUCUUUAAAGAGUUUAAGGCUGGAGUUGAGAGAGAAUCGGGACAGCCUUUGGUGUGUCUCAGAACAGACAGAGGAGGCGAGUACUGUUCUAAGGCUUUUGAAGAGUUUUGCAGGGAGAAUGGCAUAAAGAGGCAACUCACAGCAGCAUACACACCACAGCAAAAUGGUGUAGCAGAGAGGAAGAACAGAAGUGUCAUGAAUAUGACAAGGUGUAUGCUACUGGAGAUGUCAGUACCAAGAAGAUUUUGGGCAGAAGCUGUGCAGUAUGCGGUUCAUAUCUUGAACAGGAGUCCAUCUGCUGCAUUAGGAGACAUCACGCCUGAAGAAAAGUGGAGCCAACACAAGCCAUCAGUGGAAUAUUUGAAGAUAUUUGGUUGUGUUGCAUUUGCUCUAGUGCCAUACGAAAGAAGAAUCAAACUGGACGAGAAAAGCGUGAAGUGUGUGUUGUUCGGGCUAAGCAAGGAAUCAAAAGCUUACCGUCUAUACAAUCCCGUCACAAAGAAGAUUGUGAUAAGUAGAGAUGUUCAUUUCGAUGAAACUAAGGGAUGGGAGUGGGAUGCAGAGUUGCAAAGCAAAGAGCUAUCUUGGAAUGAGCUAGUCACUGAAACAGAAGAAGUUGAGAAUCAAGCUGCAGAGAAUCUGAAUGAGCUUGAAGAACAGAAUGCAGAGACGGGGGAAGAAACAGAAAACGGAGAAGAAGAGAAUGGAGAAGAAGGAAACGAGGAAACAGAGACAACUCAGGAAGUAGUUGUCAAUGUCACACCUGCACGUGAAGGAGGCAGAAACAGACAAGCACCUGUCUGGAUGAAAGAUUAUGUGCCUAGAAAUGCAGGUUUCGUGAUUUCUGAAGAUGGAGAUGACAUCUUGGCAAUGUUUGUUGCAUCUGAUGAUCCAGAUUGUUUUGAAGAAGCAGUGCAACAUGAGGUCUGGAGAAAAGCAAUGGAGGCUGAGAUCAAAUCCAUUGAAGAAAAUUACACUUGGGAGUUGAUGGAAUUACCACUGGGAGCUAAAGUGAUUGGAGUAAAGUGGGUUUUUAAAACCAAGUUCAAUGAGAAGGGAGAAGUAGACAAGUUCAAGGCACGGUUAGUAGCUAAAGGAUAUCAUCAAAAGUAUGGCAUUGACUUUCAUGAAGUUUUUGCUCCAGUGGCAAGAUGGGAUACAAUAAGAUCGAUUCUUGCUCUUGCUGCGAAAAGAGAUUGGAGAGUGUAUCAACUUGAUGUCAAGAGCGCCUUUCUUCAUGGGGAGUUGAAUGAAGAUGUUUAUGUGGAGCAGCCUAAGGGUUUCAUACUUGAAGAGGAAUCCAAUAAGGUUUACAAACUGAAGAAGGCACUGUAUGGACUCAAGCAAGCACCAAGGGCUUGGUACAGUCGUAUCAAAGGGUACUUCAUGAAAGAAAAGUUUCAGAAGGCUUACUGUGAACACACUCUGUUCGUGAAGAGAAGAGGGGAUGAGAUUCUCAUCGUGAGCUUGUACGUGGACGAUCUGAUCUACACAGGGAAUUCAAACCUGAUGUUAGAUGAGUUCAAGGGCUCUAUGAUGAUGGAAUUCUCGAUGACGGAUCUGGGGAAAAUGAAGUACUUUCUGAGAGUUGAGGUUAUACAAGAUGACAGAGGCAUCUUCAUCAACCAGCAGAAGUAUGCUGAAGAGAUACUGGAGAAGUACGGGAUGGACACUUGCAACGCGGUGAAGAAUCCAAUGGUACCUGGCAACAAAUUAACAAAGAUUGGAGCUGGAGAAGUCGUUGAUGCCACAUCGUUCAAGCAGCUUGUGGGAAGUCUGAGAUACAAGAAGGGAGAUGAGGAGAAGCUUGUGGGGUUCGUUGAUAGUGAUUAUGCAGGAGAUACUGAUGAUCGGAAAAGCACAUCGGGAUAUGUGUAUAUGCUUGGAGGAGGAGCAAUCUUAUGGGCAUCAAAGAAGCAGCCUAUAGUCACGUUAUCUACGACUGAGGCUGAAUUUGUCGCUGCUGCUUAUGGAGCGUGUCAAGGAGUAUGGUUGAGAAACAUUCUUGAAGAGAUUGGAUAUGCUCAAGAGGAAGGUACAGUUCUAUUCUGUGACAAUAGCUCUACUAUUAAGUUGUCAAAGAAUCCUGUGCUACAUGGAAGAAGCAAACACAUUCAUGUGAGAUUUCACUUCUUGCGUGAGCUUGUGAAUGAUGGAGUCAUUGCGCUUGAUUAUUGUACUACUCAAGAACAGUUGUCUGUUGUCUGA